AUGGGUUACGUUCAUUGUGAUAUAAAGCCCCAUAAUAUCCUACUUGUGAGUGAGGAUACUAAGAGUUUUAUUAUUCCGAGGUUGAAUUUGAAAAGGGACAAAGAAAUAGCAAAAAUUGCUGAUUUUGGGCUUGCAAUGAAGAUUGGAAAGAAGAGAAGUCCCAAGUUGAGGGGGACCGCUAUGUAUUUGGCGCCAGAGUCGGUUCGUCAUCAAGAAUACCAACCUCAUUCGGAUAUUUGGGCAUUUGGGUGUACUGUGUUACAGCUGAUUACUGGGACAUCUCCAUGGCAUUGCGAGCCACACACUCAGCCUUGUGAUCUUUUGUAUCACAUCGGUUGGGGUAAAAAACUGCCUGAGAUUCCAAGCUGGGUGUCUAAAGAGGCGAAAGAUUUCUUGGAGAAGUGUUUGGUUGAUGAUCCAAAGUCACGGUGGUCUGCCGACAUGCUCUUGGGCCAUUCCUUUGUGACAUCUAUGGGCAGUGCUACUAAGGAUGUUAAAGAAGAAACAAGAAACACAGCACGUGUUUCAUCACCUCUGACUUCAUCACUUGAACUUCAAAUAAAUCCUUAUAAGAUUAUGUCAAAGAGAAGGCUUGAUAGACAACAAAUUGAAGUGAAUUGCAGCAGUAAGAGAAGAAGAAAAAUGGAAGAGGUCCAGGAAUUGGCACAACAGCCUAAUGCAAAAUGCUAUCAACGUUACUGGGGAGUGAAGAGAACUGCAACAGUUAAUGAUUCAAGGGAUCCUGUCAAUUUCUCUUUGGAAGGGCUAUGCUUUGAUGCCGUGCAGUUUGGAACAUUCCUCCCUCUUGAUGUUCAUGGCCUUAUUGGGAUACAAAUCAUCACUUGUUGUUCUGAUGGUGGGUUGCAGUUUAAGUGUGUGCCUGGAUUUCAGUUUGCUGCUGAAUUCCUGAGUUUGGUUCACGAUAUUGCUAGUUAA